AUGUCUGAAGAAGAGGAUACUUCAGAGCUGGAAGGAAUCACUAGAUCCCAGUCAGUGGAGGAGCCUGAAUUUAUUGCAGAAACAUCAGAUUCAUCAAAUAAAGACACUUCUUACCUGGAAAGGAAACAUUUCACCCAAUUUGAUGAAACAUAUCCUUCAAAGGAUACAGCUUCCUUUGGAAACAAUUUUGGCAGAAAUGAAGAGAAAAGGGAAAAAAUCCAGUUUUCUGACACAAGAAUUACAGAUGCCAGCCCACUGUCAAAACAAGAAGCUUCCCAAAGUUCCAUGUCAUUAAUUACUAAGAUGACUACAGACUAUCAAACAGCUAAAUUCCCACCUCAAGAGAAUGGAGGAAGAGUUAGUUCACAAAACUCUGAAGAAAAGCAGAAAGAAUUGGACUUAGAGUCAGAUAACGCCACAGUUCAUCUUGAGGCCAAAGGUUUACAACAAUUUCCUGUGGACAUUUUAAAAGUAAAAUAUGUUAAAUAUCUCUAUUUAGAUAAAAAUCAAAUAAAAACUUUUCAAGGAGCAGAUCCAGGGGAUCUGCUAGGACUUGAAAUUCUGUCCUUGGAAGAAAAUGAAUUACCAUCAAUUCCAUUGGAAAUUCAGCUGUUUUACAAUUUAAGGACAUUGAAUGUCAGUCACAACCAAAUAUCACAGAUACCUAAAGAAAUCUUACAACUUGGGAGUAUGCGAGAACUCUUUUUAAAUAAUAAUUUUAUUGAAAAAUUUCCUUCUGGCUUAGAAAGUCUUAGAAACUUGGAAAUUUUAAGUUUGGGAAAUAAUAUGUUGACUUAUAUCCCAGAUUCAUUGUCUAGUUUGAAAAACCUGAGUGUUCUUAAUCUGGAAUAUAACAAAUUAACAAUAUUUUCUAAAUCUCUGUGCUUCCUUCCAAAAUUAACUUCACUAAAUCUUACUGGAAACUUGAUAGGCAGUUUGCCAAAAGAAAUUAGAGAACUUAAAAAUUUAGAAAACUUUUUAAUGGAUCACAAUAAACUUACUUUUUUGGCUGUGGAAAUUUUUCAGUUAUCCAAAAUAAAAGAACUCCAUCUGGCUGACAAUAAAUUGGAAGCUAUUUCACACAAAAUUGAGAAUUUCAGAGAACUUAGGCUUCUUAAUCUUGAUAAAAAUUUAUUGAAAGACAUACCAGAUAAAAUUUCCCGGUGUGUAAUGUUAGAAAGCCUUAGCCUUAGUGACAAUAAAUUAGAAGAACUUCCUAAGAAGAUUCAUAAGCUUAAACAUUUAAGAAAACUCCAUGUAAACAGAAAUAAAAUGGUGAGAAUAUCGGGAGAAAUCUCACAUCUUAGUAAUAUAUGUAGCCUGGAAUUUUCAGGAAAUCUGAUUGCACAUGUUCCUAUUGAAAUAAAAAACUGCAGAAAAAUAACUAGAGUUCAAUUGAAUUAUAAUAAAAUAAUGUAUUUUCCAGUGGGAUUGUGUGCUUUAGAGUUACUCAAUUAUGUGAGUUUUAAUGCAAAUUAUAUUUCAGAAAUACCUGUGGAUAUAUCUUUCUGUAAGCAACUGCUUCAUUUAGAGUUGAAUAAAAACAAACUCCUGACAUUUUCGGAGUACCUCUGUUCUCUCACUAAUCUUAAAUACCUGGAUCUUGGUGAAAACCAAAUAAAGAAAAUUCCGCCAUCUAUUUAUGAAAUGGUAUCCCUCCAUGUACUUAUUUUGUCUGGUAAUAAGUUUGAAACUUUCCCAAGAGAACUAUGUGCUUUAAGAAAUCUGCAAGUGCUUGAUCUCUCUCAAAACCAAUUACAGAAAAUACCUUCAGAAAUAUGCCAUUUAAAAGGAAUUCAGAAAUUAAAUUUCUCAAAUAAUCAGUUUAUAUAUUUUCCUAUUGAACUGUGUCAACUUCAGUCACUGGAAGAGCUGAAUAUAAGUCAGACCAAUGGGAAAAAGUUAACAAGACUUCCAGAAGAGCUGUCUAAUAUGACUCAACUUAAAACACUUGAUAUUUCAAAUAAUGUAAUCAGAGAGAUUCCAAGAAACAUAGGGGAGCUGAGAAGGCUAGUUGCUUUACAUGCAUACAACAAUGAAAUAACUUCUCUUCCACCAUCUUUUCUAUCUUUAAAAGUUCUCCAGCACCUAGACCUUAGAGGAAAUAAUCUGACAGCUCUGCCUAGUGCCAUCUAUAGUCUUUUUUCCCUGAAGGAGAUAAAUUUUGAUGACAACCCUUUGCUAAGACCUCCAAUGGAAAUCUGUAAAGGAAAACAGUUGUAUACUAUUGCACACUAUCUACAAAGGGCAGAUGAAAGAGAUGAGAAAAUCUUAGAGAAGAUAUUCAAGAUAGUUGCCAACAAUAUCACUGAAACAAACUUUGAAUUUCUGCAUCAAAAACUAAACAUGACAAUCUCAGAAACGAGUACUGCUGCAAAGAGCAAUGUUCCAUUAAAUGAAAGAGUCUACCAAACAUUUGUUAAAUGGAAAGCUGAAAAGAACUCACCAUUAACUGCUGCUGCCUUAAGAGACCAGCUAUUUCGGGCACUAAAUAUGAUUGCAGCAUAUGACAUAAUGGACAAGAUCACAGCUUUGAAUCUUUAUACAAGUGCAAUUAAAUUUUAA